GUGCAGGAUUUGAACCCUGAGGAGAUGGUGGAGUCUGCAUGUCCAGAGGCGCAGGCGAUCGACGAGGAGAUUCCACAACUGGCACCUGGUCAUGAAGCAUUCGUCGUGAACAUGGCUGGAGAGGUGCAGGAUUUGAACCCUGAGGAGAUGGUGGAGUCUGCAUGUCCAGAGGCGCAG